AUGGCAGAUUUUCUAGAAUUCGACUCGGUCGAGGAUGCUGAUCGGAUGAUCGAUUCAUGUAGCUUUCAAAGCAGUCAGUUCGACAUUUUCACCCACGACUAUCGUGAAUACUCGGAUCAGUUGGAGAAGAAUGUUGAGGGACCUUCCGGAUGCGGUUGUGGUGAAGAAAAAGCUGAAUGCUGUGAAAAGAAGAUUGAGAAGAAAGUGCUCGUCAAUGUCACUCGUCUUCUUCAAAAGGCACAGAAGUCGCUUCUCAAAAUCAAAGCAAAGCUGGGCGACGAGCUGAACAUCAGCGAGGAUUUGAUCGCAGAGAUUUUGGAUGUUCAGCGUCAACUUGGUGCUUUUGUUCGCUCGGAAAAGUCCGAGUUUGCAUCAACGACGCUUGAUUUGCCUGAUUUUGAUGUCGAUGACAUGGAGCUUCUUCUUGGUGAGGCACUUCCACAGCAAUCGAUGAUGGAUAUUCUGCGAAAGGCAAGGUCGUCAGAUGCUGACAAGGUGGCAGAGCUCUUGAACAAAGCCGACAUUCUGCUUAUCGAAAGCGAUCACAUCAUUGAGACGGUGAGCGGCUACACGUUU